CAACACAACUCACUCACUUAGCCACAGUUCACGGCUCGGCACUGAGCCUCACUGAUUGGCUGGCGCCAAGUGACGUCCUCAGAUCGCGACCCAGGAGUGGCAGCCGAGCAGGUUAUGAGGCUGGGUGGCUGCCAGUGGCUCCCUUUUCUUGGGCAGUGGUGCUUCGCGCUUUGGCGCUGCAGGUUGACUAGAACGCGGGGUCGUUUUAAGGGCCCAAUGGCGGAAACACUCCCGAUUGGGGCCGAAGUAGUGGGAGGGCUGAAGGCUCCAGCUGAGCAGAACGGAGACGCGGGGAGCCGGGAGCCGUCGGGCCCUGGAGUAGAGCUGGCCCCGGGGAGCGGGGAGCAUGCCGUGGCUGUAACCCCAGGCCCAGGCAAGCGAAAAAAGCGGCGAGGCGCGACUGGGGAGCGUAUCGUGCCGCCCCCGAAGAAACGGCGGGCUGGGGUGAGCUUCGGCGACGAGCACUUUGCAGAGACCAGCUAUUACUUCGAGCGUGGCCUGCGCAAGGUGCGCCCCUAUUACUUCGACUUCCAGACCUACUGUAAAGGCCGCUGGGUGGGCCACAGCUUGCUGCACGUCUUCAGCACCGAGUUCCGAGCCCAGCCCCUGGCCUACUAUGAGGCCGCGGUCCGUGCCGGGCGCCUGCACCUCAACGAGGAGCGGGUCCAGGACCUCAGCAUCGUGCUCAAGGACAACGACUUCUUGCGGAACACGGUGCACAGGCAUGAGCCACCAGUCACAGCAGAGCCUGUCCGCCUACUAGCUGAGAAUGAAGACGUGGUAGUUGUGGACAAGCCUUCCUCCAUUCCUGUCCACCCCUGUGGCCGCUUUCGACACAAUACGGUCAUCUUCAUCCUUGGCAAAGAGCACCAACUCAAAGAGCUACACCCACUGCAUCGGCUUGACCGCCUUACCUCGGGGGUGCUCAUGUUCGCCAAGACAGCUGCUGUGUCUGAGAGAAUUCACGAGCAGGUUCGGGACCGGCAGUUGGAGAAGGAGUAUGUGUGCCGGGUGGAGGGGGAGUUCCCCACCGAGGAAGUGACCUGCAAGGAGCCCAUCCUCGUGGUGUCUUACAAGGUGGGGGUGUGCCGUGUGGAUCCCCGGGGCAAGCCCUGUGAGACGGUGUUCCAGAGACUGAGCUACAACGGCCACUCCAGUGUGGUGCGGUGUAGGCCGCUCACAGGCCGCACCCACCAGAUCCGAGUCCACCUCCAGUUCCUGGGCCACGCCAUCCUCAACGACCCUAUCUAUAACUCAGUCGCCUGGGGCCCCUCCCGCGGCCGGGGCGGCCACAUUCCCAAGACAGAUGAGGAACUGCUACGGGACCUGGUAGCCGAACACCAGGCCAAACAGAGCCUGGAUGUGCUGGAUCUCUGUGAGGGCGACGUGCCCUCGGGACUCACGGGUCCUACAGACCCCUCCUCAGAGCUGGGCAAGGGCGGCCAGGAAGAGUUGGCUACAGCUGCUUGGAAGAUGUACCGAGCACGUGAGGCAGCCCCUCAGGAUCUGCACACACUGGCCUUGGCACCUGGGGAUGGAGCUGAAGCAGAUGUUGUAAAUCAGGAGACAGACCCCCUCUGUGCAGAGUGCCGGUUGGUGCGGCAGGACCCUUUGCCCCAGGACCUCGUGAUGUUCCUGCACGCCCUGCGCUAUAAAGGGCCAGACUUUGAAUACUUUUCACCCAUGCCUGCCUGGGCACAGGAUGACUGGCAAGAAGACUGAGAGCUGUGGCCAAUGGAGGGGUUCCUUCUUGGGUUGGGGCAGAGAUGGGGCAUAGGGGUAAGGGCUGACUCCAUAGGCUGGUACUCAGGGUCUCUGCAGGAGGGAGGUUGGGCCCUAAAGGCACCUGUUCAUACUACCUCCUUUCUUCCAGCUAAAGUUUGGGGACUUGUGUGGUUUGUAAAUACAUUCCUUCUUUUUAACACCUCAAGUGUCUGGUUUUCUUACUGCUUGUUGCUUUUUUAUUUAAUUGAGGUAAAAUUCGCAUAGCAUAAAAUUAAUCAUUUUAAA